UGGCUUGUCAGUUUGAAAGUGUCGGUUGGUGUUCGGUACGACGGCGACUUCCCUCCGGUGGAGAUGGCUUGAUGAGCGGCCCUUACGCGCUUCCACUAACCGCGGCUGUUUGGGAAAGCCAUGUCCCGAGUCCCGCGAUGGAGACACCCUGUUGAGUCCAACGCCGGGUGCGUUUGUGAGCUGUUGACGCCGACCGGUGGAGCGCUGCAGUCGGCAUGGCCAACGUCAAAGUGGCGGUUCGAGUCCGACCGCUCAACGCCAGGGAAAGUGCAGAUGGAGGGAGGCUGGCAGUCCAGGUGGAGGACAAGUUUGUGAGGAUCCAAAAUGUCAAGCUGGAGGCACGCGCCGACCACGGUGUGGAUUCCCGGGAGAAGCUCCUGGAGUUCGGCUUCGACUACUGCUACUGGUCGGUGCGGCCCGAUGACCCCCGCUGUGCGUCGCAGGAGGAGGUGUUCCAGGACUUGGGUGUGUCGGUGCUGGCCGGCGCUUCCGAGGGCUACAACGUGUGUCUGUUUGCUUACGGCCAGACGGGAUCCGGCAAGACGUACACCAUGAUGGGCACGCCGGACUCUGCAGGUUUGACACCUCGGAUCUGUCAGGGCCUGUUGCGGUCUGAGGCGCCGCUUCCCGACGGGCAGAACUCGAGCAGAGUGGAGAUCAGUUUUCUGGAAAUCUAUAACGAGCGAGUACGAGACCUGCUGGCGACCGGCGAGAAGAAGAAGAGAACCUCCUUACGAGUCCGGGAGCAUCCUGAGAAGGGCCCCUACGUGCAAGAGCUGUCGCAGCAUGUGGUGUCAGACUGCCAGCAGGCCAUGGAGCUUCUGGAGGCAGGCGUGGCCAACCGCAUCACGGCGGCGACGCACAACCACGACGCCAGUAGCCGCUCGCACGCCAUCUUCACCAUCCAGUACACUCAGGCCACGCUUGAGAACAACCGGCCUUCAGAAACCCUCAGCAAGAUCAAUUUGGUGGACCUGGCCGGGAGCGAGAGAGCAGAUCCCAACUACUGCCGAGACCGACUAACUGAAGGCUCCAACAUCAACAAGUCGCUGGUCACGCUGGGCAUCGUCAUUUCCGCCCUGGCCCAGAACUCGCAGAUGUCCAGCAGCUGCCAGAGCAUCAACAGCGUGGCUUCGGAGGGCGACGGCAGCACGGCGGGCAGCCACGGGAGCUUCCUGUCCGGGGCGGGGAGCGCCGGCAGGAGGCACUGCUUCAUCCCCUACAGGGACUCGGUCCUCACCUGGCUGCUGAAGGACAGCCUGGGGGGCAAUUCCAAGACCAUCAUGAUCGCAACCGUCUCCCCCUCCGCCAGCUGCUACAGCGAGAGCCUCAGCACCCUCCGCUACGCCGCCCACGCCCGGAAUAUCGUCAACAGGCCCCGGGUCAACGAGGACGCCAACGUGCGGCUCAUCCGGGAGCUGAGGGAGGAAAUCGACAGGCUCAAGAGCAUGCUGCUCACCUAUGGGAUGCAGCGAGAUCCCAGCCCCUCCCUGAGUGACGAGAGGGACGGGACGCUUUCGGACAUGGUGCUGCAAAACGAGAUGAAGGUGGAACAGCUGACCAAGGACUGGUCAGAGAGUUGGCGGGACAAGCAUGAACUGCUGGAGCGCUACAGCGUGGACAUCAACCGGGACCGAGCCGGGUUCCUCAUCAACUCGCCGCGUCCACACCUGCUGGCCUUGGAUGGGGACGUCCUCAGCACCGGCGUGGUCUUCUACCACCUCAUGGAAGGACUUACCCGCAUCGGACCCCGAGACCACUUGGAAGAACCGCAAAUAGUUUUGUCAGGCGGUGCCAGCUGUGAGAUCCAAAACGACGGCGGCGUGGUCACGCUGAGGCCGCUGCCGGGUUGCGUCUGCCUUCUCAACGGCAGGGAAAUCACUGAGCCCAACAGGCUGGCGCAAGGAAUGGUGAUCACCUUAGGAGGGCUUCAUAAAUUUCGCUUCAACCACCCGGCGGAGGCGGCCGUCCUGCGGGAGCGUAGACGCAGAGCAAGUGAGGGCACCUACGCUGACCUUGGCCCUCAGACGCCAAACCAGAGCAAAACGAACGAAGAGUCGUCUGCGUUGCGUUUGUCCCCCGGCGAGGAAUCGACUGCCAGGCGGCGUUUGCAGGAGCAGCAGUGCUAUGUGGAGGACUUGCGGCAGGAGAUCGGUUCUGAGCAGAGGCGGGCCGAGAGCGAGCUGGAGAGGGAGCGGGCCCAGCUUCAGCACCAGCAUAGCGAAGUCCAGGAUUGGAUCGUCCAGGAGAAGCGUCACCUGCUGGCCGUCGAGCAAAGAGUCACGCAGGACCUUGGGGUUCAAACGGACUCCCGGCCCGACCCCCUUCUGAAGUGCCUCAACAGAUACGUGUUGGACGAGCAGGAGGGUCAGAGAGACAAAUGUCCAUCGCUGGUUGUCAGGGCCAAGAAGAAAGCAGUCCAGGAGGAGCUCCUGAAGCAUCACGCCCUGCGUCGUGCAGAGAGCCGCCUUCGCCGCAAGAAGCUGCAGUUCCAGCUGGAGAGAAUUGCCCGCAAGAGGCGUCUGCUAGACGCAAAGAGAGAAUUGCAGCAACUGGAAAAGGCCCUGCUCGCUGGACAGGAAAGCCCUGAGGAGGGGUCUUCACCAAGAUUCAUUUCCCCGAGAUCUUCCUUCUCUGCGGAUCUGGCGUCCCGACUGUACCCACAGCAGUCCCCGACAUUCAGCAGACAGUUCCUGAAGAGAAAUCAAUCCACAGAACUGACCUCAAAGUCCACAUCUCCUGCUUGCGUUGGCAGCAGGAAGUGGCUCUCAGACGAGUGCCUCCCCCGGGAAAGGACCCGGAGUUGCUCCGAUUCACUUCCCUCCGGACGAAGUCAGUCCUGCCAAGACAGGCGAAGAUCUUCUGAAAACAUUGCGCCGAAUUCCAAGACGGAGGAAGGAUCGCUGGAUCAACAGCGUCAGCGGCGCUUUGAACGAAAACCCCUGCUGCCACAAAGAGAACUUUCUUUUAAGAACAGAUCAGAGCAGAAUCCAGCAGCUGUUCCCAAGUUACCACUUUGUAUCCCCACACAACCACCUGGCAAAGAAAAUGUAGCGUCCAAAACAAACGUACCAGCAAGUCCUUGCGUGGAUCUAAAAAGACAAUCACAGUCUGGUGUCACCAGGAAAGCCUUCUCUAAUUUCGUGCAACCUCCAUUGGAUUCCAACAACCCCAACGUUGUAGAAAAGAUGCCCAGUCGGUCUCUUGGCACCCAUGAAGAUUGCAACGUGGUGAGUAGAAGUUCGAGUAAAACAGCCAUCUUGUGUGAUGAGCUCGAACAAAACCUUCCGUUUGAGGCUUCGAGACGAUGGCACAGCACGCAGGCUCUCAUGAGCAAGACGGGCCAAUGGGUGGAAAGGCAGCAACGUGAAUGGAAAGUAGUCGGGGAACGGCACGAAGCUGCCUCCGACUCCGACAGCAUCUUCUCCCUCGAUUCUUUAGCCUCGGCUCUUGUGCUGAAGAGUGCGCAAGCGGCGCAGAGCGAAGCGGACAGCGAAGACAGUGAAAUGUCCAAAGACUCCUUAGCGGCGGAGAAACGUUCUGCUGUGACCAGCUCUUGCCGAAAAGUUGUUCCCACGUACUCUUUGGUUGCUGAUCACCCGUGCGGCAACAAGACGAUGACGGACGCUCUAGAAUGGGGCAGCUGUCCAGAACAGGUUCUCUGUGCAGGGAUACACUGGAGCAAAACAGAUAUCCACAAAUCAACAUCUGAAAUUCCAAUAGAAGACAAUUUCAAAGAGGCGCAAAAAAGCCUACCUGGUUCUGCCCCGGCGAGGUUGUCCGAAGACCCGCCGCCACUUACGGAUGCUAGUUCCUCCCAUGAGCUGGCAGGCGGUACAGAGAGCCACCGAGAUUCUCCGUCUUUCCGAAAAGAAAGCAACCGACGUUCCAGCUCAGUCAGUGUGAGCCUCUCCGACAGCCCAAGUCCAUCCGAAGUUGAUAGCUUAACAUCAGCCCCCCAAGGGAAGGACCAAGCAACCGAGACUCGAAUAUCAAAGGAAGAGAAAGACAGCGAGCCUGAAAGUUUCCUGGCGGAUCCUGAACCAUCGGAUCAGAAUGCCGCCAAAGAUGUCGAUGCAACGUAUUUUGCCUUGCAACCUGAAGCAGCUUGUAAAAAUUCCAGGAAGCGAAACCAAGAGUUGCAGGAGGCUUUUGAGGGGAGCCUGAAAAUUCCAAAAAGAAGCCCUUUACCUCUGGGGGAUAAACGUUCUGAUAACAAUGAAAAGAAAAACUCUGAUAUGGGAAUCUCCAACUUUGGAUUUGAAUCCGCUGGUGUUUCUGAUCCAUCGCUGAAGAAGCCCGUGAAAGCCAGUGAGCCCUCUGUGGGCGACGUCAAAGUAGAUCAUGUCGCAGUAAAACAAGUGGUUGCCGAUACGAAGGAGGCGGGCUGUCAAAGUGGUCACCCCGCAAGAAUGUAUUGCUGUCAGUCUGAGGCCAUCUGCAGCGCCAUCGACUUGAGAAUCUCGGAAGUGGUCCAAGAGCAUUUAAAGCGCUCAUUGAUUGGCAGCGGUGGCAGCGACUGGAAUCCGAGACUUGUCUCUGAUUUUGUUGAUCAGAGAAUCAAUCAGCCAAUGAAAGCGACGUCCAAGAGCGAACAGGUGACCGACCACGGAGAAGCUCCUGAAGUAGAAGCUCUUGCUCCAUUGACAAAACUUGACAAGAGACCAGCUGGCCGCACCAAUGGAACCAACGAUGCGAUUCAACCGAACAACAGAAUUGACGUGAACGCACCAUCGCUAAAGGAAGCUCGCAAGUUCUCUUCUGAUGGAUGUGACGUCACUGAUCCCCCACAAGGAAAUGAACCUUCGGUCAAAGGGCGAGAUCUGCUCGGCAGUCAGUGCUCGAAAGACUCCACCAAUGGAUGUCAAGGUUGUUCGUGCAAGUUUGGCAGAACUUCCAUCGAACCUGAAGGACCUUGUGUGAGUCACUCUGAAGUCCCAGAGAGGUUUUCAGCAUUAAGGAAUGAAAAGAUGAGUGGCUGCGGAUCUGAAACGGCGACCGUUGGCACACAAUCUCGAUUAUCUCUGCUAAGUAAAAAGUCCAAAAGGUUCAGGAGGACCAAAAUACAAGCUACCCCUUGCUCUUCAUUACAGACGUCAUCAUCGGAUGAAGACCAAAGCUCCAACAACCGGGCAUCUCCUCAACUACGACUUGAGAGUGAAGGCAAAACGGAUGCUGACAUUUCCAAAGUGAAUCCCAAAAUGGAGCUGGUCAAAGAUGUUUUGGUUUGCAGAAAAAGAUUCUCGUUACCUCCGCAAUCAAGAACCAAAGACCUGCAGGAUGCGGUCAAGUCUCAGGAAUCCCUCAUGCAUUUUGCCUCCAGCGACAUCAACCCGUUUGUUCACCAGUGGCAAGACAGCGACCGCUCGCGCUGCAAGAACCCCGCCUUCGGCAGUGCUGCCGAUCUGUCCCGCAAAUCUUCGCUUUUGAACGUGGCUGACAAACGCCUUCCGAGGUGCUGUAGCGUUGACAACGGCCUAAACGGGCAGAACCCGCCCUUCACUUCCCAUUUGAGCACCUACGCUGCCCACAAAAGGCUCUCCAGCACGCUGAGCAGCGUCGAGCCGGCGGUCACCAACACCUCAUCCGGCGGGUUGGUCUACUCGUCCGAUCCAGAGUCCAGUCCAAGCUCCAACCGGAGAACCACAACUCCAGAAAAAGUAGAAGGCAUUCAGAGUGAGUCGGUCUCCCCGCAAAGGAGGGAGGGUCACAAAAGAAGCCACACGGACGUUCCCAAGACCCGGGUUCAAAUGAACGAGUUCCUGACAUGGGCCAGUAUGGAGAGCAUGUCCGUCCACAUCUCCAAACUGAUCCACAGCACCUCCGACCUGCUGGAAGAUGUCCAGGGAUUGAGGACGGGUCGCAGGUUGAGCGGGUCAAGCCCUCGAUCGAUCCCCAACGUCAGCGUCAACUGCUCGACUCAAACCGCCUCGAACGCCGGCGUUCAGACGAGACCUUUGACACUGACAAACACAGAGAGGCACCAAAGAUCCACAUCCCACGAGAUCAACGUGACAUUGAGACUGAUUGGCGCUGAGGUGAUUUCACCCGACAAAGACUCGGGUGACAGAGAAGACAGUACAUCGAAUGUCUUCCAACCUGGGACUGUCGGAUGCCAAGGCCAAAUAAGAUCAGCCCCCGUAAAGAAAACCUUGCCUGAGAUUUCGCACCAUCAUCUUACCGCCGCCUCCAAAAACAGCUACAGACCAAGCAGACAACAAGAAAACCAAAUCCCUUGGCUGAGAAACUCAAAGCCUGCGACGACAUUCACAGAUCGGGCGCUGUCUCCCAUUGUCGCUGUGGAUGUCCGGCAACAGUCCAAGUCUGGAGGAAGACAUCAGCAUGGACGCGUGGACAAGACUGAGGCUUCUUGCAGGUCAUCAGGACCUGAUUGUGGCUUUUGCUUCGGUAAAUCACCAGAGAAGGUCUGUGAAGUGAGUGCUCCAAGCCUUAAAGACUCUGAGGAUUGCUUCCAAAACUCACCAGUGGACCAAAGAAAUACAAACACCCAUCCUCAGCCCAAAUGGAAUUCUACUCCUUGGUCAGACUUGCAGAACUACGCCGCUACCUCAGGAAAGACAACCAAUGUUGUCACCCAAUCCAAAGGUACAGAAUGCACCAAACCAGCCCAGCAAAGACCUCAAGGCAUCGUCCCUUUUAGCGGCGAUAGCUGCAGUCCAUCUUCGACCGCGUCCCUGACGCCCAGCGAGUGCAGCACUGACAUCCUGCUGAACGCUAAACCCAUCACCAGAGUGGACCCUGAGACAUUACCCGAGAACCUACCCCUGCACAAUAAGUUCACCAACUGGUCCGGCAUCCACCCUCAGCGCUCCACGUUUACAGACACCGGUGAGAGCUGUGCUUCCAACUCUGAACGAAGGUUAAGAGAGAUCGAGCGUCUGCGUCAGGAAAGGGAGCACGUGAUGGCUUCCGUCGGCCUCGGGGCCAGCUCCACGCCGCUGACGGUGGAGCUCGCCGAGGCCAAGCUGCACUAUGGCCUCGGAGAGACGGACGCCCUGCUCCAGAUGCUGUCUCCGAGAUCCACGGAGGAUCUCCGAGUGAAUUCGUCGACGUCCACCCUUGGAAAACAGCAGCUCCACAAUAGACACCGUUUGAGCAUCGAAGGUUUGCAUGAAAAGACAGAGGUCCAUUCUCAAACGAGUCGUCGGGCUCGUAGCCUGAGCCCUUCCAGGCAUCGUCCCCCGACCGCGCCCGGCCCACAACUGAAGCCAGAGAACAGCAGAAUACGAGAGCUGGCGAGCGGCGACAGCGCGCAGCCGUCGGACAUCGGGCAGCUGCUGCGCGAUUACGGCCGCGCUCGACAGGAAGCCAUGAGCGAGAUCGCCAAGGCGAGGGAGCGACUGCGCCAGAAUACCGAGAAAGAGAAGAGAAGGAUUCAAGAGCAGCUUUUAUCUCCAGAGUCUAAGGAUGAUCCGAGGCAUGGAAGCAGGAUCAGCAACAGUACCUUGUGCACCGGAUCCAGCCUGAGUCUGUCAUCUGGACCCACGUCAGGGUACAACAGCGGCAAUCCUCUGCAACAUGGCCACAGACUAACUCCUGGACAUACCACCACGUACCCGGAGGAAGGGAAGAAAGUCUCCUCACGAAGCUUCAUUUCCGCUCGGGACGCCCGUCUUGAGCCCCCGAUGACAUCACGUAGGUAAGCGGCCAUCAUGGCCGACCUCGCGGACGGGGAGGACACGUGAUUGGCCGUCCAAGACUUCAUUUUGCACCUGACUUUUUUUUUUUAUUUAAUUGAGGUUUUUUUUUAUUUUUACACAACAAGAGCACUAUUUGUUUCCUCCGAGCAGCUUUAUUUUUCUAUGUAUGUAGAUUAUUUUUAUUUUUUUUGGCUUUCUACAAUCGUUAUGCUAGUUUACCCAAAGAUACUGCAUAUUAUGGUUAUCAUGUUGUUGUUUUUCCACCCGGGAUCAAUCUAUUUCUAUUUCCAUUGUUAUAAUGUGGGCGGGGUGGUCAUGGUGUGUCUUUUUUAAUCUGGAAUUCCAAUGGGGCAAAAAUAAUAAUGGAUAUUGCUUCAAUUCUAAUGGUUUCCUUGGGGUGGGGGGGGGUGGGGGGGGGAUUAUGAUUUGACAGUUUGACCUCGGAGGAAACCUUUUGUAUUCCCAAUUUGAUAUUUGGGACUGAGUCAUUCUAAGGAAGACCAUAAUGUGGACAGUUUGACCCUGUGACAAGGGAAAACCAAAGACAAGAAAACAAAGCACAAUGAAGCAACACAGUGACUGGCAUUUUUUUUGUUUUGUUUUUUUGCUGUCCAUUUGUUUUUUGGUGUUGAAACUUAUUUAUGUUUUGAAUUGUAAAAGUGUGUUUUUAUAAGCAUAAAUAUUGCAAUUUUUGCAGGUUUUUUUAUAUAUUACCAAAGUUUUCCAUGUGUCUUUUUGAGCAAACUACACAUUUUAAAUAUUGAAUGUAUUGUUUUAUUAUUUUAUGUCCUUAAGCCUUGAGCCCUUGCUUUGAAAGGCACUUAAUAAAUGUCGCUAAUUUUGAA